GAAGAGUAUUGUUUUGAAGGAUUAUGACCACUAUACUUAUAAAUAAAAAGAAUGGUUUUCUGAUAGCGAAAACUACUCACUGGCCAUUAUAACACGAAGGACGAUGAGUGAAGAGUACUAGGCUUUAGAAAAAAAGUUUGUUGUUUAUUAAAUAGUAUAAGUAUAUAAAUAAAAUAUUGUUACUGUUGUAAAAAGAAAUAUGGAGGCUCGCCGUACAAAUCCUAAAAGAAGUUGUGUUACUAGAUCAAUGACAGCCAGUUUAAACGAACGAAAGUUGGUUGAAAUUCUUCAAAAGCCUAAACGAGAACGCUCCAAACGAGCACGAACAUCAUCAAGCUUUACUCGUAGAAAAACAAAGAAACGUAGAAAAAGUUUAUCUACUGUUAAUGAAAUAAAAAUAGAAUUGAGUGAACUUAGUGAAGAAGUAUUGAUGGCAAUAUUAGAACAUGUUCCUGCUCCAGGACUUGUAAAUAUGAGUAAAACUUGUUGGUUGUUUAAUAGACUUUGUCAUACAGAUUCAUUGUGGAAACAUCGUUGCAAGAUUGAUUUUAACCUACAAACAAAAUGGGCGGAAUUUUCCUAUUUAUAUCUAUACGAAAUGUUUUUCAAAGCCAACACCUUACGUGAUGACCAAAACUUUUUUAAACCAGUCAGCCAAUUAAAAACGUCUGUUAUUGUAUGGUAUUUAACGAAUCCAAUUCCUCCUUGCCAUGUUGUUGGUCAUCUUACUGCAAGUCAAGUGAAAUCAAUAUGGGGCGUAACUGAAGAUGAACUGGAGGAAAUGUACUUUGAUGAUGCAGAAGACAGACCUGAAAUAUUUCCACUUUGUCACUACGAAUGGGGUCGACUUUAUCAAGUAUUUUUAAAAAAGCAUGGUGGAGUGAUUCCAAUGCAAAAUUAUGUUUUGAAAAGAUGUUACCGAAAUCGACAAGCCCUUGAAGAACAUUAUAAAUUAUCGCUGCAUGCCUCACGAAGGCAAAAGUGGUAUCAAUAUUUAGAGGAUCGUGAUGUUGGUAAUCGUGAAGCUCUGAAGGCAUUAACUGAGCACAUGCCGAAAGUGACAUAUAUUUACAUGUUACACCAGAUCACUGCAAUGUACAUUGAUGGUAACUUAAAAGGUGGAUUUCAAACAGUAAAAGCAUAUGCUGAAUUUUGUGCUUUGUUUAAGUCCUGGAUGGAAGAGAAGAGCAUUAAAUUAUGGCCUCCACGUCUUGGUCAAAUAAUGGCACAAGAUUACAGAGAUGCUUUGGAUUAUGUAAACAAAAGUUUGGCUUGUGAAGCUGAGGAGAGAGAACUGGAUGUUGAAGCAUUCAUGAAAAAGGCGUGUCCUUUUAUUGAAAAGUUACAUGAGGUAUGGCUGUGGCAAAAUCAACACGGCACCGCUUACCGAAAAGAGCAUCGCUCAUCUAUGAUAGUAAGAAGAUUUGAUCGUUAUAGAAAAUACUUAGAAGCUGGUCGAGUAGAAGACUUCACAAAGUUACGAAUGUAUUUUGAAAGACGUGAAGUAUUAAGUCAUUGGUUAAAAGACAAUUUAUGGCUAUUGUCAGUUUUGGGAGAUGCAGUACUUCGAAGUUUGCGUCCGCCCAUGUUAACUCCUGAAUAUACCUUUCCUGUUCUUGGUACUGACCCUGUUGCUUGCCUUGUGCAAAGGUUUGUCGAGACUGGUCUUUUUUCAGACUUUAACAAAGUUCGAAUGAAGCUGUCCGAAUUAGCUUCAUUACAAAUACAUGCUCUCUUUAAAAAAUCUCAAAAUCUUGAAAGAAGAGUUAUGAAAGACACUUUCUUACAUACAGAUAGAUACCUCUUAAAUGACGUCAGACGUCAGCACAGACUACAGCCAGCCAUAAUGGCGGCGUCGUUGCAUCCACAGCAACAAAUGUUCUAUCCUCCACACAACGCAUAUUACCAAUGUGCUCCACAUCAGUUUAGGUAACAGGCUUAACUAGUUAGAGUUUAGAAUUUAUUUUCCAUGUUUUUUUAUGUUUUUUUGUCACAAAAUCUAUGCCCUUCUACAAGAAAACUUUUAUCUUUUUUUAAGACUUGACCGAAUCGGAUAUAAACUCUUUGCUCAUACCCAAUCUUUUUUAUAUAAAAAUCGUUCGGACAUAAGAUAGUAACAUAUUUAUAAAAGCCCUGGAACAUAAUGAAAUAUUUCAAAACUAAUGUUUUAAGAAAUACUAUUUCACAACCGCUUCAGUUUAGAACUAUAUUAUUGUAUUCCAGGCCUUUAGGAAAAAGUUUUAAAAUAUAAUAUAUUGUAAGUAGAAGGUAAUUUAUUUUAAGCUAUAUUUUAUGUUGUUGAUCAACCAAAAUUGCUUUUUGAGAUUACUUCAUCGAUCUCAGAUAUAUUUGCAUGUAUAUAAUUUGUUUUGCAGAAUUGAACUGGUAACUUUUAAAUGCAGUAGAAGGAACGUUUGAAAUGGAAUUGUAACUGCUAUUCUGAUCUUUUGAAUUUACAAAUAAUUUAAGCACCUGGAAUCUUUUUCAUGUUUUUUUUUGUUUUUUAUGUUCGAUACCUAACAAUUGCGAGAUAUUCUUCUGAAUUUUUUAUUUUUUGUUUUGGGUAGACAUAAAAAAAACGUUCCUUCCUAUUCUUAUUUAAUUUGUCCACACCUUUCUGUUAAAAAAAACGCUGUGGAAAUUAAACUGCAUUGUUUGUACGUUAAAAGUGAUUCAAUUAUAAUCGUAAUUUUACUACGCUGACAGUAUUUCAACAGAACGGGUUUUUCUAAUCGCCCAUUAUGAAGUUGUUUUGACAAAUGUGUUUGUUUCCGAACAUCGUCAUGUUUUGAAAAGAACUUACGACUAUUCAUAACUAGUUUCAAUAGCUUAAUACCACUGCAAUUUUCGCGUUUAAUUUCUUUUGCGUCACGCUUGUGAUGAAAAGAUAACAUCGUUUAAUUAAGUGUGUUAUUUGGUGAUUAAUGAUUUUCUCGUUUACUUUUUUAAACUUUUGAGCUGUUGGUUAUACACAGUAUCAACGUUUUUGUUGCUUUGUAUGUAUGUACAUAUUGCUCUCCACUGUUGUGUUUCUUAAGGUGCUUUUAAUGGAAUCAACCCAUUUGAGAUGUGUAUAAAAAAUUAUACCCUAGAAGUUAAAUGUGUUUUGUUGUCUUCCUUUGUCUCUACCUGUGAAAUGAAGUGAGUUAUUAACAGUCAUAAACCGUGUUAGCAACCAAAAUAAAGCCUGCACAUUGUGUUUAAGCAUUAUUACUGUCAAGUGUGUUUGUGUUUUUUUUUCAACGCUUGUAUAAAUUCUUUCGCAUGUAAAAUAUAUUUUAUUGAAACAUCUUGGGUUUAAA